AUGGAGGUGGUGAAUUCGAUGGUGAAAGGCGGACAGUUCACUCCGCAACUUGCGAAUGCCAUCUUCGCUCUCUGCCAACAACUCAAACAACAUGGCCCAACACUUGAACAAACUCAUAAAUCCGAUUUAAACAAGGCGUUCGUUUCGCUGCGCCAAGCGUGUUGCCGUGAUCAUGGCCAACUCGGGACACCGUGUCGUCUCAAAAUUAUGGAACUCGUCGAGUUGCGCGCGAUGCACUGGCGCAGCAACCUCGCCCAUUCACAGUACUACGUGAAUCGCCCGGAGCAGCAUGAUUCUCUUGGCGCUUCAUCUCCUUUAUCAAUGGGUUUCCACACUCCGUCAAUGGCUCCAACCACUUUCUCCCCGUCACUUUUUCUCCCUGACAUGAGCACUCAAACAACCCAAGCCACUCAUCAAACUAGCCCAUAUUUUCUCAUCCCGGCUGCAGUCCCAGGUGGCUUUAUGAAUCCUCUCCUACCUGGUCUUCUUCAACAACCACUCUUCGCAUCAGCUCUUGCGCAAAAUCAGGCUGCUGCAGCUGAGGUUCUCCUCAGAAAUAAACAAAUCAAAAAGCCAACUAUCGCUAAACCGAUGCAACUUCGGCACGAGAUGGUUAUUCGGAAUGCUGAUUCGGGGAAAAUCAUGGGUGUCAAGGGUCGUCGCGUAGCGCUUGUCGAGCAAAUCACCAACACUGUCAUCUCAUUUCAAAAGGUUGAUCCAAAAGCAAAAGAACGAACCCUGACAAUCACCGCGUCUACCACCGAAGCGAUCGAACAUGCUAAACAACUCGUUGAGGAGACGAUUCGACGAAAUACUAGCCCUGUUCGGCCCGAAGCAGCCGCUUUACUUGGAAUGGGCAUUGGUCACUCAAUGUCUACCGAUUCUCCAUCAAUGGGCGAUGAUGAAUCAUCCGGUGAUGAAGAUGAUAGAGAACCGCAAAGAGGACAAGAUAUAUCAAUUGAAACCACACAGGAUGGAGUGCUCAAGUUGUGUUGCUCGGAUCCUCAUGUGUUACAAGCCGCUCAAGAAGCACUCAGCGAAUAUCUCCGCAUGCGCACUAGAUCCUCGGCUGAAGAAAGAGAGAAGAAAAAAGAGCGUCGCAAAUCGAUGCCAUUGCAAACGGCGGUGAAAGAGGAAAAAGUGGAGACAACGGAGAGAAGACCGGGACUUGAAAGGGCGAGGAGUUUGGGUGGAAGUACGCCAAAUCUACAAGAACAAGCGAAUAAAGCAGCUAUGGCUAGCCGAAUGAGAGCUCCGUUUGGGCCAUGUUACGGUCGAGAAGCAUUGCUUGCUCAACAAAAUCCCGGAGAAAACGACGAGAUCAUCAACCAAGUGAUCAAUCAGGUGUCCCAAAUCGCUCCCGAAAUCCUCCGCGACUCGGUGCAGAAU